UGCCCUCUCUCGACAGAUGACGCCACAGGUUGGCAUUGGCAGCAAGGUAGAUGGAUAGGGACAAGGACAGCCAGCCCCCCUCCCCUCUCCUCUCCUACUGUGUGGAUCAAAAUAUACUGUAGAUAUAUAAAACAAAAGAGAUUGACAAGUAAAUGAAUUUCUCAGGAAAAUUCCAAAGCCCAAAUAAAAACUAAGACCGGAGCUUUCCAUCAUCACCUCGCGCAAGGCCAGCGAGCAGCCGCCGUGUUUUUUAUAGCCCGGCUGACCAAUCGCCGGAGGAGGACCCCUCAGGAACUCACCACCAGAAGCCAAGAACAGCUCCCUCCCAAGGAAGGAUCUUUUUCUUUUCCUGGAUUUGGCCCGCUUCUGUCCGGGAAAUCUCGGGUUGGCGGCGGCUGGAUCUCCGGGAGGAGGAUUUGAUGCCGGUUCUUGCUCCAUUUUGAGCCCGAAUCAUCCUGCCUCGGGACCGGCGACAGGCGAGCGGCCUUUCGAGCUCCCAGGAGCCGCGGAGGGUGAGCGAGGCGGCCUCCGAGCGCUCGGGAGGGCGGCGAUGCCGCUGCUUUGAUUCUGGUUCACGCUGCUGCGGGGAUGGAUUCCAGCGGGGAGGAGCUCCUGAAGAAGAUCCGGCAGCUGGAGGUGGGCCAGGCGCAGCUCAAGCAGGAGAUGUCCAAGUUCGCGCUGCCGCCGACCGGCGGCGGAGGGGAGCGCCGGCGCUCGCAGUCCGUCUCGCCCAGCCGCGGCGCGCCGCCUCAUCCUGCGCCGGCGCCGGCGCCCUCGAGGCGGCUCUCCGGGGGGCUUGAUGGAGGCCAGCGGGGGUGGGGCCGUGGCUCCGCGUCCUUCUCGCACUCGUCGCCGCUGCAGCGGGAAGGCCGUGCGGCGGCGGAAGGCGGCGCCACGGGCGCUGGGCUGGCGGAGCGGCAGUACCGCAGGGUGCUCCAGUCGCUGGGGCAGUCCGUCCACAUUCUUGACCUCGAUGGAAGGAUCAUAUACUGGAAUCGGUCUGCAGAGAAUCUCUAUGGUUAUCCUGCAUCAGAAGUACUUGGUCAGGAUGCACUCAUGCUGCUGGUUGAUUCCCGUGACCUCAGUGUGGUAAAUGAUAUGUUUCGACGUAUUUCUUUGGGUGAGAGUUGGACUGGGAAGUUUCCAGUUAAGAACAAGGCAGGGGAUAGGUUUUUAGCUGUUGGCACCAACACUCCAUUUUAUGAUGAGGAUGGCAGUUUGGUGGGCAUUAUUUGUGUUUCAAGUGAUUCACGCGCAUUGGAGGAGAUACUCAGUGGACCUUCAACCUCUGCAAGGUCCCAUUCAGAAUCAUCUAGCCCCUCCUGUUGUGAUGGCAGUUGCAGCAACAGUAAUCGAAAAACCAGUUUGUUGAACAGAAAUCCGUUUGAUCCCCAGCAGUCUACUAUAGCCUCCAAGAUAACAAAUUUGGCUAACAAGGUUACAAAUAAAGUUCGUUCGAGGGUCAAGAUGGAUGAGAAUGGCAUGGUACGGGAAGGUGGCAGUGGUGAGAGUCAGUGCUCUGAUCGUGAUAACAAGGAAGGUCCAUCUAGUGGACCAAGUACACCAAGAGGAGAUGCACCACAUGGUGCCUUCGGCACGGAAGAGAAUUCCCCUGGGAAAUCAACCAAAACAAACGGUGAUGAAUCAGAAGCGAAAAUAGGUCUCCACAAGAUGUUGAGUUCAAAAGCAGAGGCAUUGUUGAACAAGAAAGGGAUAACAUGGCCUUGGAAAGGGCGGGAGAAUGAUGUGCCUGAUUGCAGAAAUCAGGUGACCUUGCCAUCAUUGCAUAGUGAGCAAGAGAAUGGCCAGAAUCAUCCGAAAGUCUCUGACACUCAAUUGGCUGAAUAUAACCAACCUAACAAAAAUGAGGCAUCAGGUUCCUGGUCUUCUUUCAACAACAACAGCUCAAGUAGUGCAAGCAGCACUGGAAGUACCAAUAGUAGUGCUCUAUACAAAAUCGACCAUGAAGCAGACUGUCUGGAUUAUGAAAUCCUGUGGGAAGAUCUUGUAAUUGGAGAACAAGUAGGCCAAGGCUCCUGUGGGACAGUAUACCAUGCUUUGUGGUAUGGCUCGGAUGUGGGUGUGAAAGUUUUCUCCAGGCAGGAAUAUUCGGAGGAAGUGAUACAGGCCUUUCGACAAGAGGUAUCCCUUAUGAAGAAAUUACGCCAUCCUAAUAUACUGCUCUUCAUGGGUGCGGUUACAUCUCCACACCGCCUUUGUAUUGUUACCGAGUUCCUCCCACGUGGAAGUUUAUUUCGCUUACUUCAAAGAAGCACUACCAAGUUGGAUUGGAGACGACGUGUUCACAUGGCUUUAGAUGUUGCAAGGGGCAUGAAUUAUCUUCAUCACUAUAGCCCACCUAUCAUUCAUCGAGAUUUAAAGUCGUCAAAUCUGCUGGUGGAUAAGAACUGGACUGUUAAGGUUGCAGAUUUUGGUCUUUCACGUCUCAAGCGUGAAACUUAUCUGACAACAAAAACAGGAAAAGGAACGCCACAAUGGAUGGCUCCGGAGGUAUUGCGCAAUGAACCUUCAGAUGAGAAGUCUGAUGUGUAUAGCUAUGGGGUGAUCCUAUGGGAACUUGUCACUCAGAAGAUACCGUGGGAAAAUCUCAAUUCAAUGCAGGUCAUUGGUGCAGUAGGUUUCAUGAACCAAAGGUUGGAGAUUCCCAGUGAAACAGAUCCUUACUGGACAUCACUUAUACUCAGUUGUUGGGAAACCGACCCACAAAGCCGUCCGUCGUUCCAAGAACUUCUGGAGAAGCUCAGGGAACUGCAAAGGAAGUACGCGGUCCAGAAUCAGGUGCAGCGAAAUGCAUCUGCCGCUGCGAAGAACAGCAUCAUCGAGGAAUGAAAGAUUCCAACUUCUUGCUAAGGCGGUGGGUGUGCGAAUGAGGAGGGAACAUUGUCGGUCGGUGAUGGAGCGACGUUUUAACCCAAGAAAAGAUUCGUACCUCAGGUGUGAUUGUUUCACGAGAAGCCAAUGCUGAAGAUUGUGCAGAUGAGGUGUCCUCUGAAUUCGUGGGAGGAUAUGCCUGAACUUCCUCCGACCGCAACUUCUGGCAGCAAAGAUUAGAGUAGCGAGUGAGCCGAGGCUGGCGCUUUUGGGGUUCUACAUUCCGUGGCGAUGCGUGACUAACAUGCGAUCGGAUUGAUCUGGCUUGCAUUUGUAACACGGAGAGGACGGUGUUGCUGUGUAGAUUGUUCUGAUGACAAAUUGUACACGAGUGGCCAAUCAACAAGAACUUUGUAAGAUUUGUACUUGUUUUU